AUGAACGGGGAGCAGCAGACUGAUGCAGAUGCUGGAUCUGGAGUGGAGGAAGUGGAGUUAAGCUGGGAAGACUAUCUGGAAGAGACAGGGUCCACAGCAGUUCCCUACGGGUCUUUUAAACAUGUGGACACACGUUUGCAAAAUGGAUUUGCUCCUGGGAUGAAACUGGAGGUGGCUGUGAAAGCUGAUCCUGAAACCUACUGGGUUGCCACCAUCAUUACCACCUGCGAGCAGCUGCUCCUCCUCCGCUACGAUGGCUAUGGGGAGGAUCGCAGAGCAGACUUCUGGUGUGACAUCAGGAAGGCUGACCUCUACCCCAUUGGGUGGUGUGAGCAGAAUAAGAAGACCCUCGAAGCCCCAGAAGGCAUCAGAGAUAAAGUGUCUGACUGGGAUGAGUUUCUACGGCAGACCCUGACGGGAGCAUGUAGUCCUCCUGUUCCGCUGCUAGAGGGCCUCCGUAACGGGAGGAAUCCUUUAGAUCUCAUUGCUCCAGGUUCCAGGCUGGAAUGUCAGGCUUUCCAGGACUCUUUAAGUACCUGGAUUGUUACUGUGGUGGACAACAUCGGGGGAAGGCUGAGACUGCGCUAUGAAGGCCUUGAGGGCUCUGCUAAUUGUGAGCAUUGGUUGUAUUACUUGGAUCCGUUUCUUCAUCACGUUGGCUGGGCUGCUCAACAAGGGUACGAGCUCCAACCCCCAUCAGCCAUCAGACAUCUGAAAACUGAAGCUGAGUGGCAAGAGGUCUUGGCCAAAGUGAAAGAGGAGGAAGCGCCGUUGCCAUCUUACUUGUUCAAGGACAAGCGAGUGAUUGGCACUCAUUCUUUCUCUGUAAAUAUGAAAUUAGAAGCUGUGGACCCCUCGUCUCCUUUUGGCAUCUCUCCUGCUACAGUUGUUAAGGUUUUUGAUGAGAAGUAUUUUCUAGUGGAAAUGGAUGAUUUGCGACUGGAGAAUCGUGCACAGCGAUCCUUCGUGUGUCACACUGACAGCCCUGGUAUUUUCCCCGUGCAGUGGAGUCUGAAGAAUGGUUUACACAUCAGCCCCCCUCCUGGCUACCAGGGCCAGGACUUUGACUGGGCCGACUACCUCAAACAGUGUGGUGCUGAAGCUGCUCCCCAGAGGUGCUUCCCUCCGUCAAUUUCUGAGCAUGAAUUUAAGGAGAACAUGAAGCUUGAGGCAGUGAACCCUCUUCUCCCCGAAGAAGUGUGUGUUGCCACCAUCACUGCAGUGAGAGGCUCCUACCUGUGGCUCCAGCUGGAGGGUUCUAAGAAGCCUAUACCUGAAUUUAUUGUGAAUGUGGAAUCAAUGGAUAUAUUUCCUUUGGGCUGGUGUGAAACCAAUGGCCAUCCCCUUAGCACUCCUCGCCGAGCACGAGUACACAAACAGAGGAAAAUUGCAGUGGUUCAACCAGAAAAACAAAUACCAUCCUCAAGAACUGUCCAUGAGGGUCUGAAGAAUCAGGAGCUGAGCUCCCCAGACUCAGUUAUCAUUAAUGGAAAAUAUUGCUGUCCAAAGAUAUACUUCAACCACCGUUGCUUCUCAGGGCCAUAUCUUAACAAAGGAAGGAUCGCUGAGCUGCCUCAGUGUGUGGGACCUGGGAACUGUGUUCUGGUCCUCAGAGAGGUCCUCACUUUACUGAUCAAUGCAGCCUAUAAACCCAGUCGUGUCCUUCGGGAGCUGCAGCUGGACAAAGACUCUGUGUGGCAUGGAUGUGGUGAAGUCCUCAAGGCCAAAUACAAAGGAAAGAGCUAUCGAGCUACUGUCGAGAUAGUGAAAACAGCAGAUCGGGUGACUGAAUUCUGCCGGCAAACCUGUAUCAAAUUGGAGUGCUGUCCUAACCUCUUUGGGCCACGAAUGGUUCUGGAUAAGUGUUCUGAGAACUGCUCUGUUCUUACAAAGACUAAGUAUACACACUACUACGGAAAGAAGAAAAAUAAAAGAAUUGGGAGACCACCUGGUGGGCAUAGUAACUUAGCAUGUGCCCUGAAAAAAGCAAGUAAGAGGAGAAAGAGGCGAAAAAAUGUUUUUGUUCAUAAGAAGAAACGCUCCUCUGCGUCUGUUGAUAAUACACCAGCAGGCUCUCCCCAGGGAAGUGGUGGUGAAGAUGAGGAGGACCCAGAUGAAGGGGAUGAUGAUUCCCUAAGUGAAGGCAGUACAUCUGAGCAGCAGGAUGAGCUCCAGGAAGAGUCAGAAAUGUCAGAAAAAAAGUCAUGCUCCUCCUCCCCCACCCAAAGUGAGAUAUCCACAUCACUGCCUCCAGACAGACAGAGAAGAAAAAGAGAACUUCGCACUUUUUCAUUUUCUGAUGAUGAGAAUAAACCUCCUUCACCAAAGGAAAUAAGGAUUGAAGUUGCUGAAAGGCUUCACCUGGACAGUAACCCCCUGAAGUGGAGUGUGGCGGACGUUGUGCGGUUCAUCCGAUCCACAGACUGUGCUCCGUUAGCAAGGAUAUUCCUAGACCAGGAAAUUGAUGGGCAGGCCCUGUUGCUCCUUACUCUUCCCACUGUUCAAGAGUGCAUGGACUUAAAACUGGGCCCUGCUAUCAAACUUUGCCAUCACAUAGAGAGGAUCAAGUUUGCUUUUUAUGAACAGUUUGCCAACUGA